AACUUGUCCAGUUGUCAACAUGGCGUUUUCAUGAAAUUUGGCAUAUUUUCAGCGGUCAAAAAAACAUUAAAAAGAACACCUUUCAAAUCGAAAAUUUGUCUGACAACAAUAUCAAAUAUUGGACGAGUACUUCUCUUACCAUUCAUCUAAAAAGAUUGAAACCAGGGUCUGAUAUUUCCAACAUAUAAGUCAGGACCAAGAAAAUUCACUUCAAGUAACACCUUAAGAUACUUCUUGUGAUUACCCUGAGGCCUGAUUACGUACAUAAGCCUACAUGGGUAUUUUUGUAACUUGUGUAACCAGCCUUCGAACAAAAGACAACUUCACUUCAGCUUCCUUUGGCAAUGGAACAAUUGCAAAGAAAUCGUCACCGUUCAUCAUCAGAGUCGGAAUUUAUCAAUAAUACGGAGCCUUUUGAGUUAACGGAUAAAGACAAUAAGGAAAGGAUGUAUGCAUUACAGAAGCUUAAUCCUCAUCCACCGGUUACCAUGGCGAAGAAGACAGACGUGGCAGAGCAACCAGAGAAAGAAGGGCUUCUCAAUUACCGCGCCAUACUCUUCUUGGUCCUGUGGUAUAUUUUCAGUUUCUGUACCCUGUUUCUGAAUAAAUACAUCCUGGCAACACUGAAAGGAGAUCCAAUGUUAUUAGGUGGAAUGCAGAUGGUGAUGACGACAAUCUGUGGAUUUAUCCAGAUGUACCUUCCUUGUGGCUUAUAUACUCCUGUAGAGCGGGAUGGGAAACCGGCAAACUUCAUUAGGAAUAUGGUGUUGGUUGGAGGAAUGAGAUUCAUCACGGUUGUCUUGGGUCUGAUUGCACUAAAAUUUGUAGCGGUGUCUUUCACAGAGACGAUUAAGAGUUCUGCUCCAAUAUUUACUGUUUUGAUUGCACGGUUGUUGUUAGGAGAACGGACAGGACUGGUUGUGAUGUUGUCCCUCAUUCCGAUUAUGGGAGGGCUAGCCAUAUGUAGUGCCUACGAGCUCAGCUUUAACAUUCAAGGAUUUAUUGCGGCACUUGCUACGAAUAUAACAGAAUGUUUACAAAAUGUGUACUCUAAAAUGCUUAUAAGUGGUGAAAAAUACAAAUACACACCUGCUGAACUCCAAUUCUACACAAGUAUAGCGUCUGUGUUGGUACAAGUUCCUGCCUGUUACUUUAUGUUGGACUUGCCACAUACCAAGAAGACGACAGACGCCCACUUGAUCCUCAUACUUAUCCUUAAUGGAAUCUUUUUUCACUUUCAAAGUAUCACUGCCUAUGCACUUAUGGGUUACAUAUCACCAGUUACACACAGCGUGGCGAACACUGUGAAACGUGCAUUCCUGAUCUGGUUAUCUGUGAUAGUAUUUGGGAACCCUGUGACUUUCCUUAGCGGGCUUGGUACUUUGAUUGUCAUUAUUGGAGUAUUGCUUUACAACAAGGCAAGAGAGUAUGACGAAAUGAAGAAGAAACUAGCAAUCACCUACAGUAACAGAAACUCUCCAAACGUUUAACAUUUCUGUUGUAGAGGUUGUAUUUUUUUGUUAGAAGAAGAGUCAAGAUUUCAUUAUUUAGGAUCUCAAGUGGUGCCUGGAGUUUCGAGAAGUUGAAGGGUGCCAUGAAUUUUCACAAGUCAGAAGGUGCCUUGAAUUUCAGCUAGUCGGAAUGUGCCUUUAGUUUUUAAGGGAACGGUAAUUUGUAAUCCUAGCCGGUAGUUUAGUAUUAUCAUCAGCCAUGGAGAUGCAUCCAAAAAGAUCAGAGGGUGGUAUUUGGUAUUGGUGAAUUUGGCAUAUACCCUCGGAAUGGGGCCUCAUGGGAAGCCAGAGGUCUAGCUGUGCAGUUUGGAAUGUAAAGAUCUGGACUCUCACCUCCCUAGAAAAUGUACUUACUAUAUAAAUUAUAAAAGGUUAAAUUUCACGGCUGGUUUAAAGUAUGUGGUUCUUCAGUGUAGAUUUAGUUUGAUGUUUUGAGAACACUAAAGUAAUUUCAAUUAAAAUUUAAUUUUUUCGGGAAUUUUGCUGGUCGCGAAAAUGAAAAAUUUAAACUUGCCCAGUUAACAGUAAUUGAUUUUACUUAUGUCCAGCUUACUUGUGUAAUCAAAGUUGCACAAGGCAGCAACAUACAUGUUAUCUUUGGUCAGGAGCUGCCGGGUUUUGGCGGCUGUGGUCUUUCACUCGUGGUCAUGUGGUCCCUGGUUCAAGCCCACAGUCCGUGUGAGACUCUAGGCCGGUCUCUUUGCGUCACAUUCUCAGUUGUACAUGUAUACAAGUAAAUCAGUACUGGUCACAAAAAUUUGAGCAUUGUUAUUUCCGCUGCUAGACACGCUAUAAGUAUAAUUUCAUUAUCAAGGUUCUAAACCAUAUCGGCUGUUUCUGCAUUUCUGUAAUUUCUCAAUCAAGUUGAGAAUGAGAUUAUCUGACACUAAUCACAAAUUUCUGCAAGACAAUUACUAAUUCAUUAUCAAUUAAUCAUCAAUUUCGUCUUAGAAUAUACUAAUAAGUACUUACUCAUCUAACACGUGUGUGGAUUCUUCAAAGAGAGAAUAUUGUGCAUUCUAAAGUGAGAAUAUUGUAGAUUCUGAAGGGGGAACAUUGUGGGGAGGGAGGAGCAAACUAAAAAAGGGUACAUGUACAACUUUAAGCUACUGGUGGGCUCAAAAAAAGGUCGGACAAAUAAGUUAUCUUUGUUAACUUGUCACUUUAGUGCCAUCUUACAUGUAGGUGGAUCCAGUGAGACCUUUCAUUUUCUGUCAUUGGCCUACUGUGAGCGAUUUUUAUGUGCCAAAAUCCUCCCUUUAAUUGAGUGUGGCGAUCGUAAUUACUCGUGGUCCAGGAAAGUAGGAAGGCAGAACAUUUGGUUUCCAGUGGUACUGUUAGAGGUGUAACUAAGAGAAACUGCAUUUUAUAACCCAGUCAUGAUGCCUUUUUUGAUGAGGCUAAUAUUUUUGGGGGGAGAGGGUUGAAACGCAGACUUGCAUGUACAUGUAUGUUGCGCGAAAAAUUGAUUUAUUCAUUGCAUUUGCAAUGCAUCGGUGCAAAUGAGAAUUAGGAAAAGCUGUUUUCGUGAAGGAACAAGUAGGGCCAUGAAAAGAUUGUGGUAUCAAGUUGUAUAGUACGUGUACGUGUAUUUCAGUUUUUUGUCAAAAAGGUCAAUGUAACGACGAAUGCCCUUGCCAUUGACAUUGACAGUGGAGGCCAGCUCUACAGUCAUGUAAUUAUCAUGAAAAAUAGAUUUGUAAAGUUGGCAAACAUUUGUUGUAUAUUCUUAACAUCUGUAUUGGAAAUGUGAUGGGACUCUUUUGUAAGUUGUGGCAGUCUUUUUUGUAGACAAGUUCUAUCAACGAAACAAUAUCUAGUAGUAUUUAUCUAUCAAAAUAAACAUAUUUUCUAAGUAAACGAUAAA